GGAUGAUGGAAGAAGAAGUUGAGGCGAGAAGUUUAUGAUAUAUCAGUUUUAUUGAUGCAUUGCACACGGCAAACGUCGAGAGGCAGUAAAAACCGAAGGGAUUGAAUUAUUCAGGCUGUACGUUUUGUUCGAGCAGAAGGGAAGGAUGAUGAACGAUGUGAAUUGGGUUUGAAUUGGCUUUUGAAAGCUCAAUAACAAAAUUCUGGAUUUGCAUUUUGGGAGGUUCUUAUGCAAAGUUACAGCGCCGAACCGGAACUAACGACAUCGAAUCCUAGCUGCUGGCAGCACUGACAAGUGGGAGCAACAAGAGUAGUAGUAGCAGUAGGCGCUGACAUCCCCGCCAUCGGGACUGGAGGCGAUACGGCGGCAGUCGCGGUCCAUAGCGGCACGCCGCGGACGGAAGGUCAAGUUCUCCGAAUGGGCGGAUCAGCACGAAAAUGACGCACCGGAUGAAGAAUUGAUUACUUUUGCUUAGCUAUAAAAACCCAAAGCAGACACACUCUAAAGUUAACAAACACUACAAUUUGACUCGCAAUCAAACACACGUACACGUACAAGCAACCAAACACAAAAGACCAUUCCAAGUGUAAAUAUAAAUCGUAGAAAAGAAAAAUUUAAGUGCAAAACAAGAGCUCCAAUCUAAGCAGGCCACGGGACACGAGCAACGUGUUUGUAAAUAGACAGCGAGACGACAACGAGCGUGUGACGUUUCUGUCUCUAUUGUGUUUGUGUCGUCGCCGCCUACUGCUAUUGCUCUACAACACUACAAAAGCAAAAAUCGUGUUGGUGGUGGUGGUGUUAUGCGACAAAGGUGUUGUCCCAACUCAAACUAGGUUCGCAUCCUCUCGAUGUUGAACCCAAGCUGUGAAUGGUACCGAGAGUGGUGAGGAGGAAAAUGUGGGGCAAAACAACCCGAUGGAAAGCACAACACUAAAAAGUAAACUGUUUGUCAAAAAUGAGAAGGCGGCAACGCGCCGAACGUCGGAGGGUAUGACGCUGCGGGCACGUGGCGGGGACGACUCCUCGGAACCAACGACAACGACGACCGGGGGUGGAGGUGGUGGUGCUGGAACCGGUCCUGGUCCCGGAGGUGGCGGCGGGGAUCUCAACAAAAAGGACACCAAGAUAGAAAUCCCGCUGCCACCGUACAUGCAGCCAUCGUUGACGGGCGAGAAAUUUGCCGAUAAACGAGUUAAGAGACACAGCAUCCACGGCAUGAUGGAGGAGGAAAACGUGGUCCGACCACACCAGGAGAUUGCGGCCCUCUCGCUGGAGGAGAAGAAGUACCUGCUGGCGGUGGAGCGGGGCGAUGUGGCCAGCACGAGGCGAAUCCUGGAGAAGGCCGAAGCGGAGGGUCACAUCAACAUCAACUGCGUCGAUCCGCUCGGCCGGUCCGCCCUGCUGAUGGCCAUCGAUAACGAGAACCUGGAGAUGGUGGAGCUGCUCAUCAAUCACCGGAUGGACACGAAGGACGCCCUGCUGCACGCCAUCUCCGAGGAGUUUGUCGAAGCCGUCGAGGUGCUGCUGGACCACGAGGACAGCAGCCACAAGAACGGGGACCCACACAGCUGGGAGGCACUUCCGCCGGAUACGGCCACCUUCACGCCGGACAUUACGCCGCUGAUACUGGCCGCCCACCGGGACAAUUACGAGAUCAUCAAAAUUUUGCUCGACCGGGGGGCCACGUUGCCGAUGCCGCACGAUGUGAGGUGCGGCUGCGACGACUGUGUCACGUCCCGGCAGGAGGACUCCCUGCGGCACUCGCGGUCCCGUAUCAAUGCAUAUCGCGCCCUGGCCAGCCCCUCGCUGGUGGCCUUAUCUUCCAAGGAUCCGAUCCUGACGGCGUUCGAGCUGAGCUGGGAGCUGCGGCGGUUGAGCUUCCUCGAGCACGAGUUCAAGAACGAAUACCAGGAACUGCGGCGACAGUGUCAGGACUUUGCGACGGCCCUGCUGGACCACACGCGGUCAUCGCACGAGCUCGAGGUGCUGCUGAACCACGAUCCCACCGGGCCGGCCUUCGAGCACGGUGACCGCAUGCAUCUUAACCGGUUGAAGCUGGCCGUCAAGCUGAGACAGAAGAAGUUUGUAUCCCAUCCCAACGUGCAGCAACUGCUGGCCAGUAUCUGGUACGAGGGACUCCCGGGCUUCCGGCGGAAAAACAUGGCCCUGCAAGCGCUGGAAAUAGUGCGAAUAGGUAUCCUUUUCCCGGUGUUUUCGUUUUCGUACAUCCUCGCGCCACACUCGCCGAUCGGGCAGACGAUGAGGAAACCUUUUAUCAAAUUUAUUUGCCACAGUGCGUCGUAUUUUACCUUUUUAUUUUUGCUGAUGUUGGCCUCGCAGCGCAUCGAAACGGUAAUCGGGGGCGUUUGGGGAGUUAGCGAGGUUAGCGAACACGACGAAGUGCCUACAAAAAGGGGGGCGAGCCCCACGUUGAUCGAGUGGCUCAUUCUGGCCUGGGUUAGCGGACUGAUUUGGAGCGAAGUGAAGCAGCUUUGGGACGUCGGGCUGCAGGAGUACGUGAACGACAUGUGGAAUGUGAUAGAUUUCGUGACCAACUCGCUGUACGUCGCCACCGUCGCACUCCGCGUGGUGUCCUACUUUGAGGUCCAAAAGGAGAUGGCGGUGAACAAGUUUGCGGCGGAUUUGCCGCGUGAAAAGUGGGACACGUGGGAUCCGAUGCUGAUCUCGGAGGGCCUCUUCAGUGCGGCCAACAUUUUCAGCUCGCUCAAGCUGGUGUACAUAUUUUCGGUGAACCCCCAUCUGGGGCCGCUGCAGGUGUCCCUCUCGCGGAUGGUCAUGGACAUUAUGAAAUUCUUCUUCCUGUACGUGCUGGUGCUGUUUGCGUUCAGCAGUGGUCUCAAUCAGCUGCUGUGGUAUUACGCCGACCUGGAGAAGAAGCGCUGUCCGGACGUAACGACGUUCUCCUCCAACACGACCUCAACGGAUCCGAACGCAUGCGUUGUGUGGCGAAGAUUUGCCAACCUCUUCGAAACGAUCCAAACCCUGUUCUGGGCCGUGUUCGGACUGGUCGACCUGGAGAACUUCGAGCUGGACGGGAUCAAAAUUUUCACGCGCUUCUGGGGCAUGCUGAUGUUCGGCACGUACUCUGUGAUCAACAUCGUGGUGCUGCUGAACCUGCUGAUUGCGAUGAUGAAUCACUCGUACCAGCUGAUUUCGGAACGCGCCGACGUCGAGUGGAAGUUUGCCCGGUCGAAGCUGUGGAUCAGCUACUUCGAGGAGGGCGGCACGUGUCCACCGCCGUUCAACAUCAUCCCGACGCCCAAGUCGAUCCUGUACGUCUUCCAGUGGGUCAAGCGAAAGUUCUGCGGUCACUCCAAGGCCGUCAAGAAGGAGCACAUGAAGACGAUUCGACGGAAGGUAAAGCAGGCCAGCGAGCGGGACUUCCGGUACCAGAGCAUCAUGCGGAACCUGGUGCGGCGGUACGUGACCGUGGAGCAGCGCAAGGCCGAAUCCCAGGGCGUCACCGAGGACGACGUCAACGAGAUCAAGCAGGACAUUUCGGCGUUUCGGUGUGAACUGGUCGAGAUUCUGAAGAACAGCGGCAUGAACACAACGAGCGCCACCGGUUCCGGCGGCGGAGUCGGUGGCAAGAAGAACCGCCAGAAGGAGCGGCGCCUGAUGAAGGGCUUCAACAUUGCUCCACCACCGGCGCCGGAAGCCGGUCAGCAUCUGACUCCGGUGUCCGAGUUUAACCCCCAACUUCCGGAAAAUUCUUCCCAAGAGCUGUUUGCGGGGGUUUUUGGGCCCGGACUGACCCCCAAGAAGGCCCUCCAUCAGGUCAAUCCGAUGCACCAGUAUUCGUCGCAGUCGCAGAGUUCGUUCGGCGAUAACAACAACCCCAUGCACAAGCUGUCCAAGCUUGCGCCGAAGUUUCACUCCAAGAGGCAGGGAUCGCAUAAGAGGCGAUGGGGAACCCUCAUCGAGGCAGCUAAGCACGGAAGCGUGUCCCGCUUCAUCGGACGAUCCCGAUCGGAAGACUCCGUGUGCGGCGGUGGAGGAGGCCACCGGGGUGAAUCCGGUACCCACAGUAACAGCCCGGCCUCGGAUGAAGCCAUCACCGAGUCUCCGUCCGAUUCGAAUCCAAGCUUGGACCGGCCGGACGUGGACCCGUCACCGGAUCCUCACAAAUCCCAUCACCACCAUCAUCAUCAUCACGGGCACCACGGUGGGAGUGACCGGACUCAUGGAGGAGGUGGAAGUAAUUCCAAGUCGAAAGAUUCUCACCAUCACUAUCAUCUGCACUUUGGGGCGCUGGCUGCUCUGAAGCGGAAGAGGAAAAAGUUUUCUAAUAGUCGGAAUAGCAGUCCGGUGUUGGAUCCACCUUGUGAGGUGGCCACAGUGGCCGCAAACAAUUCCGCUAGUAGUAAGGUUCUGAAGCGUGCUUCCAGUGUUCCGUCGCGGGGUACCUGCGAGGACGGCACGACAUGCUGCGGUGCUGACGGUGUCAUCGAGGAAUGUUCCGCCGAACAGACGCAGCAGCCGCAAAGCAAACAAAACAACAGUAGUUCCAACGGCGCCGGCGCCCGUCGCCACGAACAGACCCAAAGUCAGCAAAACUCGCUCGAGCGACAGCUCGAACCACCCCCGCUUACUCCGUCCACGACCGAGGAGAGCGUGGACAAUCCGGCCCACGCCCGGAUCAGCUCGACGGAACCGCUGCUCCGGAUAGGGCCGGGCCGGGCUGCGACGGUCGACGAACUUGCGGUGGCCACCGCCGGAGGGCGAACUGGUGGUGGCACCCGGAGUGGUACCGACCGUCAGCAGUCCGCAUCCUGCCGAAUCCCCGGCGUCACUCCAGUCCGCGGACACUUCCAGUCCCAGGGAUGGUUAUAGGGGAGGUGGUUGUGGUGCAGCGCCGCCGUGCGUCAUCUGUACAUAAGGUUCGGAUCCACCCUAGUCAUCUAAUAGUAGUAGACGUAGUAAUAACAGAAAUAAGAGUCUCACGUGUAAUCUAAGUAGGCGCGACAAUUUUAAACUGCCAUCAGGAAAAGAAACAGGACACACCCGCUAAUCAACCUACCACUCAAACUCACUCACUCACCUACACUAACUCACUCUAUUCGAAUCGGAUGUAAACACUUGUUGAAAGCAAAAUUCUAAACCAAUUGGUGACACACCUCGAACCCAAAACUAAACAAAAAACGUUUCGGUUAGUUUUGUACUUUUUUAAAAAGCAAAAUAAAAAUAAUACCAAGGCCUAAUUAAAUCCCUACGAGGAAUGGAAACGUUGGAAAACGCGACUUUAAACUGUAAAUGAUUAGUUUAGAAAGGAAGUUACCUGCACAUAAUUGAAACUUCUGAAAUUUAAAACAAAAUGGGAA